AUGGACGGUUUGGCUGCAUUGGGUUCUGAAUAUGCGGUGACAGGUUAUCUAAAUAAUUUACCAGUACCGGGCUGGCGUUAUCCCACACCUCGACUACUCGCGUAUUUUUGCAACUUUUUCCAUCUGCCCAUAUACUUCCAGUCCAUUCUCAAAUACUCUGCAUUGGAUUCUGGCGCCCUUAUUCUUCCCAUUGUCAUUACCACGUCGCUCAAUUCUAUUUUAUUAGGGCAGUACAUGAGCCGUGCUGGUCUUUUUUUGCUGUGCAUUCUCGUCGGUUUUAUCCUCUGGGCCGUCGGAAAUGGGUUCACAUUUAUUUUCGACAAAAAUACGGGCCUCGGGCCACUAAUUGGUAUCCUCAUCGUCGAGGGUGCCAGCAUUGGUCUCACCCUACAGCAAACUCUGGUGGGGAUGUAUGCCAACAGUCUCAGCGAGGAUCGAGCUGUGACGACGGGACUGCGAAAUUUCAUCCGCACCAUUGCUGGAACAUUUGGCCUGGUUAUUUCAGGAGUCAUUCUGUCAAACACUCUAAGUAAGGGUUUGUCAAGUAACCCAUCAAUGACGGAUACCAUGAUUGCCCAAUUGACCUCAGCAGGAGAAAAAAGACAUCCUCAAAAAUACAUGGAUGGUCUGCAUUACAUCUUCAUGUUAUUUACUCUUUGCUCAGGUUUGAGUGGGUUAUUGACCGCUCUGGUUGGGAAUACGAAUCUCAACCGUCAAAAACCAUUAACUGGUGUAAACUGGUGGAAAGACCAGGGGAUGAAGAGAUGGCGUUAG